AGGUACAUUAAGUGACAUUAACUAUGUACGAGAACCACAUGUGCAGAGUACAUAAGAGAAGGCCCAGUAAAAGCGGAAAAGGGAAGAAAGGCGAAUAAGAAAAAGGAAGGGCACUGGGAAGGGGGGGAAAAGCACAUGCUAAAAAGAAAUAUUUUGCGCCGGAUAACUAGGAUGCUACUAACCUAGCAUUUCUAUGAUUUAUAUUUCAGAAGCAACCCAUCUCAUCUGAAAAUUGCCUUGAGUUCUUUUUGUUCCAUUCCUCAAUUUUACCUUUUACCUUUAACGGACCUCGUCUUUAAAGUUAUCAGUUGCUAACAUCCUCAACCUUGAAUUGACCCGGUUCUAUCCAUCUCUUCCCCCUUCCACCUCAAUACUACCAUCCACACCACCGGACGCCGACAAGCCUCCCCCCUUCAUCUUUUAUCCCCCUCAAAUUACCAACGUCACUUGACCACUUACCUAUACUCCUGCUCGCUCUGAGCUCCUACGUUUAUAUCCUUUACAUCUAAGGAUUACUACAUAAGCACUUUAUUACUAAAUAGCUCCCUCAGCCCUACGAUGGCUGCCCAAGUCAACGGCGAAGUCCAUCCGUCCUCUGCGACACUGUCGCACAUCACAGGAUACCCUGUCGUUAGCGAUAGCAUCGCCUACAUCAAAGGAAACCCCUACGGCCAAAAGUCGAUAGAGCUAGGCGACUCUGCCUACAAGACCUUCGCCAAGCCCGUCAUCCCCUACCUCUCCAAGCCGUACGAAUAUGUCUCACCCUACGUCAAGAGGGCCGACUCGAUCGGCGACGAUACGCUCUCCAAGAUCGAUCAACGCAUCCCCGCUCUCAAGAAAUCCACCGGCGAGCUAUUUACCGACGGAAAGAACCUGUUCUUCCUCCCCCUGCGCAAAGGUCUAGAGACCAAGGACCACGUUUUCGAUGUCUACGGCAACGAGUACAAGAAGGUUGGCGGUGACGGCCUAGUGACAUCUGGCAAGGCCCUCGUUUCCACAGGCCUUGUCGUCACCAGCGAGGCUCUUACUUGGAUCGGAGACUUCCUAAGGGCUAGCAAAGUGCAAGCUAAGGAAACUAGCAACGACAUCGCCCGACAAAUCAACCACUGAAAGUCAGAAAUAAUAAUAUGAAAGUAAAGGAGGUUGGUUACGUUGGUGGGCUUCGGGGCAGUUUUCUUCAUGCGAUACCAUGCAUCGUCAUUCUGCAUCUCCUCUCAUCGGCCUAUUGAUUGAAUGGAAGUAUUCUGGGAAAUUUGUGUUUUUAUCGUCAUUUUUCCAGCGCCUCAUAUUCUGGAAAAGACUGGCUGCGUCAAGGGGAUUAUACGUCAUGGCCUGGCCUAUCCUGGCCUCUAGGCACUCACUUUCGCUUCUUAGCCUCACGCCUGUGUUCUGAAGGAAACCUGGAUGGUGGCGAGCAAGGCGUAUUUGCCAGAGAUUGUAGAGUUUCGAUUCAUUUGGCCUUUUACGAUCACGAUUUCCACCCUAGCCUGAUCAUGAGUUUUGCUCAUGACUGAAAAAAAAACAUAAGGGGGACAAGGGGGGGUUGGUGUACACUUAGGACUGAAGGGGAAAAGGCAUGGGCAAAAAUCGGUUCAUAGUCAAGUUGCGUGUCCUUAAUGACCUAUAUGAGAAGAUAAUAGAUAUUUUUUGGAACUUGUUAAGAUGGCUUUAUUUGAUAUCCAGCGCUUUACUUUUGCGGUGUUGGUUCUGCCUUGGUU